AUGAGACUGCUAUCCGUUCUGUUGCCCCUCGUCCUGGUCGGGUACGUCCUGAACAAGUUGUACUCGACGUGGUUGCCCACGAACUACGUGUUUGACUGGCAGACGAUCAACCAGCUGUGCAACGGUGUGAUCGCACAGACCGACUUCGCCGCUGAGGAUUACUCUGGGGAGUUGUUCUUGCAGAACGUGCGGGACGCCUUGGCGUCCCACUACGGUGACCAUCUGAUUAACGAGUACGCCAGAGAGAAAUGGGUGUUCAACAACGCCGGUGGUGCCAUGGGCCAGAUGAUCAUCCUGCACGCUUCGAUCUCUGAGUACGUGAUCAUCUUCGGUACCGCUGUCGGCACAGAGGGUCACACUGGGGUUCAUUUUGCAGACGAUUACUUCACCAUCUUGUCUGGGGUGCAACGUGCUGCCUUGCCCUACGCUGUCGAGCCAGAGGUGUACACACCAGGGCAGACACACCAUCUGCGCAAGGGGUACGCGAAACAGUACUCUAUGGAGUCUGGGUCCUUUGCGUUGGAGUUGGCACAGGGUUGGAUCCCAGCAAUGCUUCCUUUCGGGUUCUUGGACACUUUCUCGAGCACACUAGAUGUGUACACGUUGUACAGGACCGUGGAGUUGACCGCAAGGGAUAUGUUCAAGAACUUGGUGGUUAAUAGGAAGUUUUGA